AUCUGGCCAUAAAGACUAUAGCACAUUUUCGCAGAAGCUUCAUUCCACUGAAGAGAUUAAAACUCUGGCAAAAUUGCUGACUUCGAGUUUGAAGGAAUGGAAUAUGUUACUGAGCAGUGUACAAGACGAUUAUUAUUUUCUGAACUUCUUUCAUCCCGAUCAGCUUUGGAUCCUACAAAAGUUUUGUUCGCAACCUUCUGAAAUGAGAAACGAGCAAUUCUCGAUGGCGCCCGUCCACGACUUGCUGCGGUUUGUAGACCCAGAACUACAACACGAGGAUUUAAGAGGAUUUGGUAGUAAGUCCCAAGCACCAAUUGAACACUCUGGAAUAGAGAGUGAUCUUCGCGCCAUUGGAAAUGCUCUGAAUAACUUAUUCUUACCUCACCGACCAAAAGAGAUGCAACUGAAACUACAACGGGAUUUGCAAACAGCUGUUAAACCUGGCGAGCUAUUUGUAGCUGUUCUUGAACAUGACAGUAAACAAACCAUUCCUGUGGUCAUGUCUCUGUUCAAGAAUACUGAAACUAUCGAAAACUAUCAGCCUUUAUUCAAGAAUACUGAGUUGUCUUAUCCACAGCCAAGCCAAGUUCUAUUUUGUAGUUCAGAUACCAGCUGGGAAGAGGUGGAGCGACUUCUAAAACGUGCAUUUGAAGCACAAAAGCAUUCAGCCGCAGUGAAAUUACACUGCCUUGCCAAUGUUGAAAACCUAUGUAAUGACGUACAGUUUGAACUCGUUGCAGCCAUUAGAACAUACCAAGAAAGCGUUGUAUCCCCAUAUCUACUAUGUUUGGUCUGCUGCGGGGGGUUUCAUCAUCACAUUGUUGAUCAGUUUUCUACGACAACACUCAACGUUGCUGGUUUGUCAGAUUUUCAACUGCGAAAGGCAUUUCAGAAUGAUUUCCCUUACGUUUUCGUUGUUACCUCAGAUCUUCCUGGUGUGGGAAAAACAGAGGUUGUUCACGAACAUGCAGCAGUUACGAGCAAAAACGCAGUAACUUUUCCAAUCAGCGGGCCUUUGUCGAGAAAAGAUCUGGUAAAAAAAUUGUCGGCAAUACAUAUUUCCCCGAGUGAAUGCAUUCACUUUGAUGUUGGUGAUGUGGACGAUCCUUUCCUUCUGGACACGUUCAUGUUCGAGCUGGUUGUUUUAGGCAUGAUUUCCUCUGGAACGAAAAUUUUUCAUCUGCCAACCAAACAUGUCUACAUUGAAAUCGCAAACACAAUGAAAAAUUGGUUACAAGACUCGCUUCCUGUCACGAAGUGCUUUUCUCCUUUGCACAUAAAGGCGGAUAGUUAUAAAGACCUUGUUGUGAGCCAAGAGCCACUGAGUCCCAUGCAAGUGGUUUGUCAAUAUCUGCAUGCUUAUGAAUCUGGAUUCAUAGAGACCAAAGACUUGGAUCCUAGGAAGCUACAACCUCUGUCUCCAGAAGAUUGCAAACGUCUCCUAGCCACGCAUUUUAUGUCAACCACCGAAAUAUCAUACAACAUAGUGGAAAGUUUUACAAAGGUUUUUUCUAACCAACUUUUACAAUUUCAGGCAAGUCCAUUUUUCAAACCUAAAGCUUUGAAGGCCGCUCUUGGUCCAAAUCAUGAUGCUCGAGCCCGUCUCUUCGAUGCCCUCUUGAAGGUGUCAAGAGAAUUUGCAUCACGGUCUGUUUUAACUUGCAAGAACACGCAGUCAGAGGCCAAUACAAAGGAGAAGGCCCCUGAAGUGCUUAAGAAACUUCAAUCAUCCUCAAAGAGAGCUGCAGUCGAAAUGGUUGAACGGGUGGAAGGAAUGAUUAAGUGGGCUGAUAACAAUCACCUUGUAAUUGCCUUUCAUGACCUACAGAAUCUUACUGUCUCUGCUUUGUACCGUGAUUUGUCAAAGGUGCCUCCUAAGCUAAAGGAGCUGUUGGAAACCCAAGCAAGAAAAGGCGCAGAAAUUGAGGACUUUACAAAACUCAACCACGAUGAGCUCAAGGAGCGACUCCAUCGAAUUGUAGGAAGAGCUCCUGGAGGAAACGAUGUUCACCGGGAAAACACUGAUUACGCUCUUACUCCAGAUAACAUUCUCAAAAUGGUGCUGGUCAUCCAACGCAUUAAAGCGCGUAUACCUGUCAUCCUUAUGGGAGAAACUGGCUGUGGUAAGACCAGCCUCGUCAGGUACCUUGCUUGGACGUGUGGUGUUCCAUUUCAUGUAUUCAAUUUUCACGCAGGUGUUACUGAAGAGCAAAUUCUCUCUUUUGUGCAAAACAUUGGCGAGGAAGUAAAGGGUGAUACAGAAGUUUGGGUUUUUCUUGACGAAAUUAACACUUGCAAUCGUUUGGGGAUUAUUAAUGAGAUCAUUUGUCACGGUAGCAUCGAGGGAAAAGCACUGGCGCCAAACUUAGUCUUUAUGGCUGCUUGUAACCCGUAGCGCUUACGUCCCACUGGCAAAAUCUUGACAGCCGGUCUCAGUGAAAAGACAGCCACAGAUGAAUACUCGAAACUAGUAUACCGUGUUAACCCAUUACCAGAAACGAUGAUCGACUACGUCUGGGACUAUGGAUCUCUUAGUAGAGAAGACGAGCGUGCCUACAUCGGUCGAAUGGUACAACGAAUCACUGGAAACUCAGACAACUUGCUGGCUGAUCUUCUAUGUACCUCUCAGCAGUGCAUCCGGGAAGUUGACGAGAACCACUAUUGUGUCAGUCUCAGAGAUGCUCAUCGAUGCAUUGUUCUCGUGAAAUGGUUUGAGAAGAUCUUGCAGAAGCGCGAGAAUCUGCCCCUAUCUAGUAACAGUGGACAGUGCGAGAGUCACGGAAUCGCUCGUGAGACAACCAGUGAGGAGAGAGCUUUUGUUCUUGCCUUAGCGCACUGUUAUCAAUCACGUCUAUCGACUGCAGAGGAUAGACAAGGAUACCGUAGGCGUGUGUGUGAUUGCUUUGAAAAACACGGAAGACAUCACAUUUUACAGGCGUCUUUUAAGGCUAUUGUCAGAGCAGAGCAAGAGGACUACCUUAAACGCAUGGAAAUGGCAGAGGGAACCGCUCAGAACGCUGCGCUUCGCGAGAAUAUUUUUGUUAUGUUAGUUUGUAUUCUGAAUCGUAUCCCGGUUUUCGUUGUUGGGAAGCCAGGGUGUAGCAAGUCUUUGUCUAUGCAAAUCAUUCGCAGCAACUUGAGGGGAAAGGAUGCUAAAGAUCCUUUUCUGAAAUCACUUCCCCAACUCUAUGUCAUUUCCCACCAAGGUUCAGAAUCGUCAACGUCUGAUGGGAUACUCAAGGUGUUCGACAAAGCACGAAAAUACAGGGAGCACAACAAAAGCGACAAUGUUCUCCCAGUUGUGCUCCUUGACGAGAUUGGACUAGCUGAGGUGUCAAAGUACAACCCUCUCAAAGUAUUACACAGCCUUCUUGAACCUAGCGAUGGUGCUUUCCCUGAUGUUUCCGUGGUGGGCAUUUCAAAUUGGGCUUUAGAUGCUGCCAAGAUCAAUCGUGCAAUUCAUCUCUCCCGACCUGACCCAGAUGUUAAUGAUUUAACUGAGACUGGAAAGUCUUUGCGACAAGUUAACAGCGACAGUAACGCACAAUACACCGCACAAACCUACCCACACGAUAUCGACCUUCGCAAACUUGCUGAAGCGUAUCAUAGAUAUCAAGUAUCUCAAAGAUAUGCAAACUUCCACGGCCUGCGUGACUAUUACAGUCUUAUUAAAUGCCUCAGCUCAAACACGAAUCAUGACACCUCCACCAACCUUCUUCACGCACUACGGAGAAAUUUUGGUGGGGUCCCUACUGACGUCAGCAUUUUUGAGAAAGUGACGGAGUCUUUGCAGUUGAAUGGGGAGAAGUGUCGUUUUCCAGUCACUCAACUUAUUCAUGACAAUCUGCAUGACAAACUUGCUCGACAUUUAAUGAUAAUAACCAAUGGAGAUUCUGCUAUUGGUAUCCUGGAUCAGACUUUCCAAAGUAUGGACAAAGAGAAAAUCACUAUCUUUGGUAGUCGGUUUGAAGAAGACCUCUGUGAAGACUAUAAUUAUCGAAUGCUUAGUCGCAUCAUUUUGUGCAUGGAGAGAGAUUGCGUUCUUAUCCUUCGAGAUCUUGAGAGCAUCUACGGUAGCCUUUACGAUAUGCUGAACCAAAAUUACACAGUCGUUGGUGGGCGGAAAAACUGUCGAGUUGCUCUCGGAGCCUUCAGCAAUCCUAUGUGUCAGGUUCAUGACGGAUUCAGAUGUAUCGUUUUGAUUGAUGAGAGGAAGGUUGACUAUACAGAUCCUCCUUUUCUUAACCGAUUCGAAAAGCAACUGCUUCGCUUCUCAGACGUCCUAGACGAUAAAGAAAAAGACAUCAUCGGCACUUUGAAUAAAUGGGUGAAGGACAUUUGUACCAUUCCAGAUUUCGAAUCUCAGUUUCACGAAGAAGAUAUGUUUCUCGGAUUCUGUGAUGACACCUUACCUUCACUUGUCCUCAAACAAUGUCAAGAUGAAGAGCCCAAAGAAGAAGUAGUUUUGGAAAAAUGUAAGCAGGAUCUUAUGUUAGUAGCUACGCCUGAUGGCUUUGUGAGAAGUUUAGAAUCAUCCCUGGCCAAAAGUAAUUUUGAGGAGGUCCAAACAUUAUACAACAGCUAUUUUCAGAAGCCCCUGCACAAUGGCCUAGAAGAGUAUCUUAAAAAAUCCCUGGAAAAUACGCAGGUGAAUUCAAAAAGCGGAGAUGCCAACAGUGGCAUGCGACUUCUGAUAAUGACCCACAGUAAUAUCCACGUAAAUGUGACAGAAUGCCUUCAGGGGCUACUUAAGUGUCAGACUGAAAAACUUAGCGCUUUCAAGUCUGAAAAGAAUUUAACAAAGACCCUUGAGAGUUUCUGGAGGUCUAAUGACACACUUUUGGUACUACAAUGCAAGCCGGAGUUAGACGCUACCCAUCUGCUUCUUGCAAUAUCAAUCAUUGAGCACCAGAGACAGACGCAGAUCAGAGAGGCUCUGCAAACAGAAAACUGGCAAAUCAAGCAUGUUUGCAUCGUAAUCCAUGUUCAAAGGGAAAGCAAAGGCGAUGAAUUGGAAAGUCAGCGAUGGCAGUUCAGUUUCCAGAGCGGCUGGAAGCAAGUAACUAUCGAUACUUUAGAGCCACUCCGGCUACCUAUCACUGAGUGUCUCGAUGUCAGUGUUGUUGACCUUUUGGAAACAAAGCUCUCGUUUACAGAAGUCGCUUCUGAUCAAUUUCUCUGGUGCUUCACUCGAAUAAGAUAUCCAGCCAACCGCCAGCCUUCAGUAGAGGACAUUGUCCAACUGGAGCAGAAUCUUAGGUCAUCCUCCAACUCUAAGAUCCUGGAAUGUUUCAGGGAGCUAGUAAAGCGCUGGUUGAAUGAGAGAGAUCGCAAUUCAAGACAACUAAACGCUCGCAGCUGGCAAUUUUUUGUGGCGUGUGAUAGGCAAGCUUUAAUUGCUUCUUCACAUUUGGUGGGAGCUAUUCAACACCAUGUCAGCCAUCUUGUGCGUCAACCACUGGCAAAAAUUGUUUAUUUCCUAGAGAAGGAAUCUGCCUGGCCGAAGUGUUUGUUCAAACAGAAGCUAUCCCACGAAGAGGAACUUCAAGUUUGGUCAGAAGUGAUCUUAAAUCAAGAAAUCUUAAACAUUGAUGAUAUUCCUUACCACCAAGGAGCAGAAUCCUACUUCGUUUGUGAGCGACACUUGGAGCUGAGGCUUCCUUUUGCAUCAAUAUUUUGCAAUAAAGUAGAGCAGUUUCAGCCUUUGUUUGCAGAAGACCACAGGCAGCUGCUUUUGGACACGACAAACCUAGACGAAAAUGAAGAGUUGUCGGAUACUGCGUCAGAAUUACUAAUAUACAAGUUCAGCAGACGCUUAAGAGAUAAAGUUCCUCAACUAGUGGAGCUGGAAUACCUCCAUAAAAACAUUGGAUGGUACGUUGAAGAUCUUUUUGACAUGAAAACUGGUCGUUUUUCUAAUGCUUUGUCACGAGAUGAAAGAGUUCAGUUUUUGAAGUCGGCAAUGGCACACCAUAUAAAGUUUAGCAUGGACGGUGAUCCUUCCCGAGUCAUUGCCCAAUUGCACUCUCUCUUCUGGUUGAACGAAUCUUCGUAUAUGACGGCACUGCAGGUUUACGAGACGUGCUGCUAUAUUGAGCAUGUGGAAUUUGGGAAAGUGUAUCACACGUUUACACCUGUGUUCGAGGAGAUGCUUUUUCAAGACAAGAGACCACAUAAAAAGUGUUUGGACGGCAACAAAACAUUGAAGCAGAGUUAUGACGAGUUAGGAGAAUCAGAGAGAGUCCAAGCAGCCAAUGUAAAAUUUAACGAGGAAGAAGAAGGUCAAGUAGACAAGACGACCAGGCCAGUGGAUCAACACAGAGAGCAACACGAAAACGCACAGACGAAAGCUAACGAAGAACCAGAGGAACAAAAGAAACAACUACCCUUUGCACCGACAGAUAAUUUACGGAAAGGAUGCUUCAGUAAUCAUAGAAUGGGCGAUAGCGACGACAUCAGUGACGAGAAGAAGAUUAAAUCUUUUCAAGAAGGGAAAUUUUCUGACGCGGCUGAAGGAGGCCGGUGUGAGGAGGCUCUAAAGUCAGUUUUACCGGAGAUCGAGGACUAUGCAAGGAAAGAGAGGAAUGAUAGAAGCCUGCAACAAGAAAACCACGUUGAACACCGUGGUAAUUUCGAAGAAAUAUAUAGUAUCGCGAAGGAAGAAAGUGAUGAAGAGGUUGAAGAGUGUUCAGGAGAUGAAGGUGACUCGAACGAAGAAGAUACCGAGAGUGAACUCCAAGUGAACGAUAUUCAAGACGAGGCUUACGGAGAAAAAAGUAUUGGCUUUAAUGAAGUAUUAGUAAAAACUUUAUGCUCCGCUCUAUUCCCAACGUCUGAUGUGAUAAGGAGCUUGAAUGGGUAUGAAGGUUGGCAGCGAACAACAACUCUCUUUCUUUCUACAGUGAGCAGAAUGCAAGUUCAGAGUCCUGCCUAUCAUUUCCUACGCGUCUGUCACGACUUUGCGACCCUGGUGGCCCUAUCCGAAUCCCUUCGACAGCGCUAUCUUUACCCGCUGGGUGAACUUGGCAAAACCGGAGCUUCCGAGGAUUACCUCAGCUCGCAACCUGUCUUUGAACAUGUUAUGAACGCCACUGAUGAGUUGAAGAAAGAAAAAAACCCACCAAAAGCUUUAGAAGACUUUAUCAUGCUAUUUUAUGGACGCUGCAUUGAUUCUGAUUUGGACACGCCAUGGCUUUUUUCCAUACUAAAGAGAAUAUGUUGCAGUGAACAUAAGUCGUACAUGGAACUCGCUGGACCACUAAUUCACCGUAUUUUCCUAAGUGAAGAAAGGAUUUUUCCAGGUGUCUUUGAGAAGCUCCUGCACAACUUGGACAGCAUAAGUGAACAUCCAGGUCUACAAGUAUCCAGCUGCGCCUUGACAUCUCUUCCACAUGACAACAAACUGGACUCUCCAUUUGCUGUGGUGUGUUGUGAUCUCAUAAACGAAGUUGGAUUUUUAGACAUAGAUUUCACAACAGUUGUAAGCUCUGAUGAUCAGCCGCUCUUGAACUUUCGGAGAGCCUUUCAAACAUUAACGGAGCCACGUGAAAACGUCAACAACAGAGUCUUCCAUCUUCUUUGUGCAGCAGCUUAUUUAAAGUCGUUUUUGGCCUCAUUUUGUAAGUUUAUUUUACAAAGCCCCAGUUACUUGGAAGAAGAUGGGAAGUUUUCUAUUCUUCUGAAUGAGAUAAAUGCGGCAUUCGCCUUAAAUAGAACGCAUCAGGAGCAUCCUACGAUGGGGGAGCUGCAGAUCUACUUUCUAAAGGAGAUGAGGAAAGAGCUUUCCAUGUAUGAGGUGUGCGAUCGUUGUGGACGAAGCUGUAAACUUCCAGAGUUGAGAAGCAUAAAGGGGGAAGAAGAAAACCUGGUUGGUAAACUAAGCUCUGAUCCUUUUCAAUCAUUAGCGGAGGAAUCUCAAUCUCAACUGGCAUUAGCAGCGCUUCUUGAAAAAAGAAGUUUGAAUCCCCUUGAAAAUGCUAUCAGUUCCUUGCCCAAUUCAGUGGAGAAGAAGGUCGAAAUGGCAACAGUCCUAGCCAAGUCGUUCUAUCUGAUUCGGUCAAGACGAAAGUUGAGUGAUAGUGAAGACAAGGCAAUUUCGUCUUUCAUAGUAAAGUUUAUGAAUAUGGAAACUCCGUAUGUUGAGCUUCUCCUCGGAAUCACUGGACAGAAAGAUUUCAAUGCCACAGGACUUUGCAUUUCACCAGAGUCAUCACCAGCAGAUGUCCAAAGAGCAGCACUGAUUCUUCACCUCUGCAUCAUCCUUGCUUCAAGUUUCAGAAGUCCAGGGGAGACCAAAUUGGCCAUGAUGUCAUACUUCGUUAACCCAAAAGCUUCCGUAGAUUCCUAUGUCUUGGCAUCAGGACAAUGUCAUGUCCAACCAUUCAGCAAACACCAGAAUUACGUUGAUUUGAAACUACCAAAGACGACAUCUACCUGCUGUCCUUGCGGGAUGUUCUUUGUGGUGGUUGAUGAUGGUGAGAAAGCAAGCUGCCCUAGCUGUGAGCAAAAUUUCAAAGCUGGAGAAAUAUUUAUUCCGAAGCAGAUGACCCAAGAAACCACUUCACCUUCAAAAGGCUACGUCGUUCUCAUAAACUCUGGGAACAUCUCUCUCUGUGUUCGGAGGUUGAAACCUCCAGAAUUUCGUAUUCUUAACCUUUUUGUUCACGCAGCGCUCUACGGGGGCUACGCAUUAGGACUGAUCGACGAGAGCUCUCUUUGCAACUUUAUGAAUACUGAUCAUCAAGAUAGUAGUCCUUCUGAUCUUUGUUUCGAAAAUAUUUCGAACGACUUAAAGGCGUUGUGUAGUCUCUUAAAUGCCAAAGAAGAAGAAAUCAUUUCUUUCCUACAUGGUGUGCUGGAUGAAAGUGCCUCGAUCCUUACCUCAGUGAUAGUGUGCCACUCUUUAAAGGAAAGGAUGUCCUGGGAAGAGGAGUUUGCAUCAAAAUUCAAACCCUUGCUUCGCGAAUUCCAUCCGAGGAAGCUCUUGGAACGUACUCGCCGUGCCUUAGAAAACUCCUUAUCGCCUGUCCAGGGAAAGAUUGAAGAAACUGACCAACCUCACUUUCCAAGUACAGAAGAGGGAAAAAUGCAUGUUCCCCGCCUGCUGAGAGUAACAUUGCCGAAAACGUUUAACGGACUAAAAGCUUUUUAUAUGGCAGCUGAAGACGAAGAAAGAGAAAAAUAUCCAUUGCUAGGUUUGUUUCUUGAUUUUAACGACAGUCUUCCACUUGUGGCACAUCUGGUCCCCCUUGUCUCGUGGAGUCGUGUGGUGGAUUCGUUGCUGAGUAGACGUCUUAGUCGUUCAGACGCAAGCACAAAUGUUCACGAUGUCAUUCGAAGCAAAACUAAAACACUAGAAGAGAGGAAUCGUUUGACCGAGACCUUUAAGAAGUUCAUCGACGCAUUUGAGGCAAUAAAUCCUCUCCUGAAGGAACAGCUCAAUCAAGAUGUGCCACACCUUAGUGAGAGUUCACCGAUCUCUACUUGUCUUGUUGAAAAGCGAGGUGAAGGAGAGUUCCUCUGUGCGGCUAUGGAAACACUUCAGAAAAUCCAAAACGAAUUCUUGCAGAAGGUGCUUAGUAUUGCAGCAACAGGGAAGUCUUCUGCUUUGAUCUUUUUAAAGAAAGAUGAGGGAAAAUGUGCGAUUCCAAUUGUUCCUUUGCAAGAAGCUCGAGAAAAGGAAGUUAUUCGAUACCCGUCUGAGUGGUCGGACGACCUUUUAAGGUACUCUCACCGUAACACUGAGUACGGCCAUGGAAAAGAGGUGUGUUUUGAUCUCGCAAGGAUGGAAAAGGAAUUGGCGACCCGUUUCUUAGUUGGAAAAGCAUUUCUUUCCACGUCCGACGGACUGCGUGAGUUCAUCUUCUCUCGAGAGUUGUUUCACACCUGCAAAGGUAUUCUAGAUGAAUUGCAUAAGCUCAUUCCUCAGCAGCCCCUGAAGGAUAUGCUACGGAUGCGACUGAGUGAGCACAGCCUUGAGUGCGUACGAGAGUUGUUGGAACAUAUGGAAAUUGUUCUUUGUUUGUUAAAGAGACACCGAAUCGGAAAACCUGAUGAACGGCUGACAGAAUUUACAGACAAGUGGUUCUGUGGAUUACGACCAUUUCCAAAGGAAUCGCUUCCUGAACCCCACCAUGAGAUCCAGCUAAUGCACGUGGUUGCCUUGUAUGAAUUCCUCGAAGACUUAUUGGCUGAAUCGGCCGCGAAACGUGUGCAUGACAUGUAUCGAAGUCCCAUACCAAGACAUAUUAAAGAUAAAUUAGCUAAAACUGCUAUUUUGUCUGGCAAGAGCGAAGCAGAUGCACUUAAUGCUAUCACAACAGCACUCCGACGAUUCAUUUUCCGCUAUCUCUACUCGGAAAAAAUAAGACCUGAGCCCGGAAAGUGUCUAGCCGAGCGUAUGAAAGAGUCUUCCCUUUGGCCGAUAGACAUGUACAAGUCGUGGGAGUCCACAGAAGGGGAAUCCCUGGUAAAAUUCACUCAGUCUACGUUUCCUGAGAAUCUGACCAUUGGACAUACGUACGAAACCCUUUGCUUGUUCCAGAAGCGCCUUAGAGAGCUCGAAGAAGCAAAGCAGAUGUCGCGCUGCUCAGUAUCGAAAGGAGGCAAGACCAGCGUUCAAAGAUCCCGUCAGCUGAAGGGUCUGCCACGAUUUAGCCUCUCGUGAAACAGACUUAUAAUAGCGACCAGCAGUGAGACAAAGCUGUCAAAUGUUGUCAGAACUAGUAGGUCAAAUAUAUAUAGUAUUUGCAAGGCUGGACAGCGUUGCCAUCCUCGCAAUUUCCUAACAAUUCAAAUAAUGUAGCGUUUUUGCAUGGACUUGUUGCCGUCAACUUAAUGAGGACGAUUCUUUUGUGAAUGCAACAAUCAUAUUUCGUUGAUUUUUUCCCGAAAUGAUAAUUAUCUAUUAAUUAAUCAUACACUGUUUGUUAAAGGCCCAAUCAAAAGUUGCUGCAAGAUAUGCUGAGAUGAAAUUAGAGUUUUCCUUUGACUGUUUUUUGACGCAUAGUGCAAUCUUAAAACUUUUACAGCCCAAUUUCUACAUCUAUAGUUAAAAAAAAAAUUGAUGAUAUUUGUACCUCUUUAUAGGUGGA